AUGACGAGCUCAUUUAAUUGUAUCUCGUGGAAUUGUCGUGGAGGUUUAUCAUUCUCUAGAAAACAACGUAUUAUUCGCUCUUUGGUGAGGACUCAUGCUUUAUCUCUUCUCUGUCUCAUUGAAACCAAAAAAGAAAUAAUUGAUGAUUUUCUCGUUUGUCGCUUGUGGCCAUCUCUGGAUUUUGAUUAUUGUUUUUCCCCGUCUUCGCGUUCUUCUAGAGGUAUUCUAUGUAUAUGGAACAAGAACUUACUCUCUCCUGUUCUCCAUUCAAUAACUAAAAAUUGGAUUUCCCUGGGCUGUUUAUGGAACUCGAUUACAUUCAGAUUCACUUGUGUUUAUGCCAGUUGUUGCUCUAGUGAAAGAGCUGUUUUAUGGGAUCUUAUUAAGUCUGAACUUCAGGUGGAUAGUAAUUACAUUAUUAUUGGUGGUUUCAACGAGAUUUUGAGGCCCUCGGAGCGUCUCCAUUGCAGCUCCUUCUCUUCUUCUAUGAGACAGUUUUCAGAGUUUAUUAAUGCUUCUAACCUUAUUGAAUCUCCCCUUCAAGGAAGAUUUUUCACAUGGGAAAACUCUAUUUCUAAGUCUAAAUUAGAUAGAUGCUUCAUGUCAGAAGGCGUUAUAUCUACUUGGCCGAAUAGUUUUCUAUCCGCUCUUCCAAGAAAUUUCUCGGAUCAUGUCCCAUUGCUUUUUCGAUCUCAAGUACUCACAGACUGGGGCCCAAAGCCUUUUAAAUCGUUUAAUGCUUGGUGGGAGCAUAAAGACUUCAACUCGUUUGUUUCAGAUUCUUGGAUAUCAGUUUCAGAUCAACCGGACUUCGUCAGUAAACUCCGUUCGCUUAGAGCUUUGAUUAAAAACUGGAAUUUAAAUGUUUUUGGCAACCUUAAUCAUAAACUGGCUUCAACCCUCCAAGCUAUUCAUUCUUUGGAGUCUUCCUCGGAUUUUCAUGAUCUUACAGAUUCGGAUAAAGAAGUUUUGUCCUCUUUACAUUCUGACAGCUUUCGUUUUUCAAAGCAGUUAGAAUCUUUGUGGCACCAAAAAUCGAGAGUGAAUUGGCAUUUGUUAGGGGACAGAAACACUAAGUUUUUUCACUCAGUAGCAUCUAUUCAUUCAAGAACUAAUCUUUUGACAGAAAUUUCUGUUGAUGGUAGCCUUUUUACUUCACCAAUUGAUAUAAAACAGCAGGUUAGUCUUUUCUUUAAGAGACUUUACAAAAGCAAUGUGGAUGUUCCUUUUUCCCUGGAAAGUUUAGAGGUAAAGAGAAUUAAUUCCAUCCAAUCCGAGGCAUUAACUGCUGUUUUUAGUGAAGAUGAGAUCCUUCAUACCCUUAUGAGCUGCGCGACAACAAGGCUCCGGGCCCAGACGGUUUUAAUUUUUUCUUCUAUAAAAGAGCGUGGCCUAUUAUGA